AGAAAAGGAGCUCUCGGUAAGACAUGUCGUGGAUCAGAGAAGGCGAGCUGACCAUCCUAGAGAGAUUUUGUGCCAACAUCAUUAAGGCAGGUCCAAUGCCCAAGCAUGUUGCCUUCAUCAUGGAUGGCAAUCGCCGUUAUGCCCAAAAGUGCCACGUGGAGAGACAGCAGGGGCAUUCGCAAGGCUUUGAUAAGCUGGCACAGACACUACGGUGGUGCUUAAAUCUGGGCAUUCGGGAGGUCACCGUUUACGCCUUUAGUAUUGAGAACUUUAAACGCUCCAAGGAGGAGGUGGAUGGACUAAUGGAUCUGGCAAGACAGAAAUUUAGCCGCCUGCUGGAAGAACAGGAGAGCUUGAAGAAGCACGGUGUGUGUAUCCGUGUCCUCGGGGACCUGCCACUUCUGCCCUUGGAUAUUCAGGAGCUGAUUGCCCAAGCUGUGCUGGCAACUAGGAACUACAACAAAUGCUUUCUAAAUGUCUGCUUUGCAUAUACAUCGAGACACGAAAUCAGCAAUGCGGUCAGGGAGAUGGCGUGGGGGGUGGAACAAGGACUGCUCGAACCCAGUGACGUGUCUGAAUCGUUGCUCGAUAAGUGUCUGUACACCAACAACUCCCCUGACCCAGACCUCCUGAUUCGAACCUCUGGAGAGGUUCGGUUGAGUGAUUUCUUGCUCUGGCAGACAUCCCAUUCAUGCCUGGUGUUUCAGUCAGUCUUGUGGCCAGAAUAUUCCUUUUGGAACUUGUGUGAGGCUAUCCUUCGCUUCCAGAUGAACUACAGUGCCCUACAGAAGGCCAGAGACUCCUACAUGGAGGAAAGGAGGCGACAACAGAUGGAAAGGGAUCAGGCUUACGUGACAAAGAAGCUGCAGCAGGAGGGGUUUGCGUCCCACGGAGACUCGCGGCGCCGACGGACACUGUUGCAGAAAUGCACUGCCAUGCGGGAAGAGAGAAUCCAGGGCUUCCUACAGGCACUAGAGCACAAGAGAGUGGACUUCUUUGAAAGAUUGUGUAUGGUGUCUGCGUGACAGAGGGGCUGGGUUCUUCUUGGGAAGACAGUUUUUAACUGUGUUAGAGGGAACAGCUGCUGCCCGGAGGAGUUCGCUCGGUGUGGUUCUGCAGGGGGGAUGCAGGGCUGCUCUAGGACUCUGUGCCCCCGCUGGCCCUGUCCGAGGGCAGGGACAGAGAACUGAACCUUUCUAGCUCUGUGAAGGCUGCCGAGAAAGGUAAUGCCGUCCUCUCGCAUCUCCCUGCCCCUGGUGUUGGAGAACACACGCACC